AUGGGGCGUAUGCUUGCGGAGGGAGAAUGCCGAAAGUGCUUACUGUGCUUAUCAACGUGCCUCCCGAGAAGACUGCCGGGCUUAUCUCCAAGUAGAGUCCGCCACGGCUAUAGAGACAGUGUCGACGAAGGAGUUGUUGUUGGAAGGGAGGCAGUAGGAGAAGUAGCUGUUUGCAGCAGUUUGGGAGACAAUGGAAAAGUUGCCCUUGCCGAGGCCCAUAUAUCCGGCUUCAACACCAACAACCUGUCCCCAACUGGAUUGGCUACACCCAAACACAAUAUCUGCUGCUGCACUACUUUUACAGUCGUCGUUGUUUGGUUUGUCCCUACUCAAGAAUCCAAUGGAGACAGCCUCGAAAUUGUAGUAUGGGGCGCUGUAGACGCACGUGUUGCGUGGGGAGUAGCUGGGGCCAAAUAUGGUCUCGUUAUAGAGAAGAGAACAUUGGGGGGAAUCGAAGGAGAAGGCGGAGUACGAACUCGACUUGCGAGGCUCGAAUAUCGGAUCCCUUUGAGGAUUAUAGCUCACAAGGCACGGCAUGCAUUGAGUCCACAUAAUGUUGGAGGUUGCAUCGAGAAUGAGGGAAUUUGGUGUUGGAGGUGUGCCGAGGCCAACCGUGACCGCGAACACGUAUUCGUUGGCUCCCUCAGAGGGGAAGGAGGUCCGCACGGGAAAGCAUGCUCCCGCUUUUGUGUGUUGGGCGCAUGGAUUCACUUUCAUCACAAGAAUCUGGAUGAAGAUCGGAGUUUGUCAAAUGAACAAUGA